ACGCCACUCAGUUCUUAACCAGCGCUCCUGUUGUGUUCAGUUUUUCUGUUUCGUUCUGUUUUAAAUGUACCUGCUGCAACGCCAUCACGUUUGAAUGAAAGCAUCCAACACUUAAUAAAGCCUUCUGAAGCCGCUUCCUCAGAAACUUCUCAUUGUGAGUGUGUCACAUCAAACUAUUCAGCCCCUCUGGAUCAAUCCUGGCAGCGAUGCCGGUUGGUCAUCGGGCAACCAGCAGCACCUCUCUCCAGAUCCCUCCCCAGCCUGAGACUGAUGUACUCGGGAGCCGACACCCAAACCUGCUGGACACCCUCCAGCCCGUCUUGGUCCAGGCCAUCAUCAAUCCUAAGCGAGGUAUGGAGGGACCCCUCCAGACACCACAACCCCCCAGGACCUGCAGCUCACCCGGACCCGCUGGGAAGUCAUGCUGGAGCUUGGAUGCGAGGGUGGCCGUGCUUCUGGUGAUUCUGGCUGGAGCUUUAAUUCUGCUGCUGCUGUACAAACUCUUACAGCUGAGACACAGGCUGAUGUUGGCCAGGGCGAGGCACGCGCUAGAGUACUACAGCUUCUACCGCUCCGCCACCUACACACUCAAACACGCUGCGUCGUGUCAGGACUUGCCAACCAAGGAACAGGCGGUCCCUGAAGCUACACAACCUGACCAAACCGUUACCACCGUGACAAAUGCUGUCAUCGCCCCACUUCCGCCCCCACCGGUGCAUUCUCCGCCCCCUCUGCCACUCCCCCCACAUCCUGUCCUGCCUCCACCACUGCUGCAGACUCCACCCGCUCUCACUCCAACACCUCCCGUCCUGGCGUUCCCUCUCCCCCUGCCUGCGAUCCACACCACCCCGCCCAGCCCUCACCUGUCGUGGGGCGCCUGCUCAGACGCAGAUGUGUACUCUCGGAUCGGAGCUUUCAGGCCCUCCAGGCUCUCCAGCCUCUCCAACCAAUCGAAAGUCAUACUUUUUGAGCACUCAUCUCUCUGACCUUUGAGGCAGAACAUGACUGGAGACGUCAACAUGGUGAAAAACACUGCUGACGAACUGAUUAUCACCCGGAGAUGAUUGUUUGGUUGGAGUGCUUUAUGCUGUGCAGGAUGCUGUGUACUGGACUUUGUGCCAGACCUCUGCAAGAAAAUUGCAGUUAGGAGCAAAACAUCUGUAAUUAUGUUUUGGUCCAUUGGAAAGUGGAGUUGUAUCUUAAUUUAGACUGGUGGAAGAAGUAUGUGACAGUCUUUCCCAAAAGAACUUCUCCAAUCUCACGUGUUUUCUGACACUUGUUCUGGAGGUAUAUAAGAAAGUUCAUGCUUAUAUGCUCUGCCUUGAUAAGUGCUCAUCAUUGAGAGUCUCACAAUCUCCAGUAUCAUCUUUAGUGUUUUGGUUUAUAUUGUUAAUAGCAACUUUGUGAACAGAAUGCCUGUUAUCAGUAGUUACUGGUAGGGUUACAGUGUGUCUGAUACCUCAUCUGCUACAACACCUAAUACAGUAACCACAGCUUUUGCUCGUCUGUUAACCAAUCACUUUCAGACCAAGAUCAGUGAGGUUUACAACUGUCACUCCAAUUAUGUAGAGAGAGGAGUGCUUCAAUUUCAGAGAUGCUAAUCUUCAUCAUAGUUUGCUUUGUUUUAAAUUAAGUCAGAGAAACCUCCAUCGUGGAACUUUCCUGAAAUUGUAAAACGGUAGGCUUUCUGGAGAACUUUAACCACAAUACAGAGCAUGCUGGGCACUGGACUCCAGGAAAUUGUCAAAAAGUAGCUUGGUACAUAACCUUGUGUAAAUCAGCAAGCUGUUGUUUUAUAUAAAUAUAUAUAUAUAUUAUUUUUAAAAUUUGAUAGAGAGAGGCUAUCUUAUUUCAUGCUUAUAAAUAUUAGAGUGUUAUCUUCUCAUUUUAUUUUUCCCCAGCAGACGAAUAUGUGUAUUUUCCAAAAGAAAAGAAGACUUUAGUCGCAGCCCACAGCUCACAGCUCACAGCUUGUGAGAAUGAGAUGAAGUGAUGAAAGAUGAGUUGAUAAAGUAUGGCACUACACAGGGCAGCGUCAGAGAAACCUGAUAUAAAGUUCAUAUGGUGUGAACUCUGAAAGUGUUCCUGCAUUCCACAACAAAAAAAUACAAGUCGACCAAACUUUCUCCCUCUGUAAUGCCUCGCAACCAAAUAUAUUAUCUGUGAGAGAGUCCUGACCUUUAAUUUGUUGGCUUAGCUUCACUUUUUUCCCCUUAAAUGCUGAUAGUUAAUAUUCCUGAGAUAUACAGUAUUGUCUUCAUUUGUUCAAUGUAGUCAUUGUAGGAGAACCCAUUGUUUCCCCAAAUGGGAGGCAUUUCCUCAGCCGGUUUUCCAUGGCAGGGUCCCUCCCUGUUUCACACCACUCUCUGUGUUUCCUCUGAUUCUCUCUCUGUAGCAGUCUUACUUUGCAUUUCCUUCACUGACAGUCUUACAUCAUGACUCAGAAGAUGUUUUUUUUAUUCAAACAAUUCUCACAAUCUCAGACAUGCAUUUUAAAUUGUUCAUUUGUCUCAUUAACACAUUCAAAAUCACAGUACAGCAAAGAUACAAUUAGUAGCCUACAGGCGCAACAUCUUAAUAACGUGUUCCUCUGUGACUCAGACAAAGACAUUUACAAAUUGAUCGUUCUCUAAAGUAGCCCAGCCGACACACAGAAAACAUCUGUCUUUUGUGGAUAUGACAGCCCGAGCAUCCACCUUGACCCUAACAAGCUGUUAACUUGAAUUUUCUUUCAAUUUAACAAUGUUUACCCAGCAUGCCUCUCAUUUAUAAUUCAACAAUAGUUUGUAAAUUCAUGAGCGACGCUGUUUUACUUGGCGCUAGUUUGUUGUUUUCUGUUGAAAACCGAGACCUCGCGUGCCGUUCCUCCUCAGUCUCUUCUGUAUCAAAGUCCGUUAGUGAGGCCGCUGUCUCCAUACUAGAAGCCAGUUAACUCAAUCCCUGCAUGUACUGCAGCAUUGUAAGCUGAGCAGGAAAGACAUUUGUAACAAUAUACGGCUGCUGCAAUUAAAUCAAACGAGGGAAGGUCAUGAAAGGAUGAAUGUGUUUGUGUUCUGGAUCUGAAUAAUAUUAAUUGGGGGUUUACAUCUCAACUGUUAUUUAUCCAUUUUAGAAUGCUCACAGAAACUCUUCAUACUGCGGUAAAAAUACACCUUGGGCCACUGUCAUCGAUUUUUUGGUUCUCAUAAGCAGGUGGGUAUGACAUUUUUAAAUGCAAUUUAUGCAUGUAUAGUAUAACUUAAAGCACCUAUUAGAACUGGUUUGUUACUCACUCACUCACUCAUCCAUUCAUAUUUUGCAGUUUCUCCACCAGAGGGAGCUGUUUUUCCAUCUGCAGCUAACCUGAGGAUUCUGUAGUGGGAGAAUUCACCACCUUUCAUGUGGCUGUCCAAUCAGUGCUGAUGGUAAACGUAGUGCGUAUUGCAUUGCACACAAGCGUCACUCUUACACUUAAACCAAAAGAUACAACCGUACACCUUCAGAAUUCAAGUUUUUACUACGAUCUAAGACACUACCUCAUCGUAAAACACACAUCAUUCAAACUGCUCCGAAACUAAAUUCAAACACACCAAGACCAGUCUGUUAGUCGUUCCACUGUUCCAACAAUCAACGCUUGUUUGGUAAAAAUAAAUCCUUAAUUCACUGAGUAAGAUGUGAAAAUAUGGCGGCUCUACACGCUGUUUUCCCUCUGCUGUCUCUUUCCACCCUGUCAGCUUCACGCUAAGCAGCUGGUGCGCUGCAGCGGCUCCAUGGCGGCUCUCACUCCUUCUUCAGAGACGGACCUUUAAUAUGGAAAAAUACAAUGACAAAAAUAGCCCCAAAAUCGCUGUGCUGGCCUCGGUUAACUUUUCCAGUUAGUGCUGUUGCCACUGUUAGCUGCGAGUCGCCGGCUCAACCGUCGCCAUGUUGAGAGCCGUGUGGAGGAUAUAGAUAUGCUCUGAUUCCUGAUAGAGAACUUUUAACUAAACUGCGUGUCCUUGUUCCUGAAAUAAAUGUAAAGACAGUUUUGUGUGGAACAGAUUUGUUUUAUAGUUGACACUCUGCUGGUUCAUCAAUCUGAUGCUGGCUCCCUAAAUGACUGUUUGUCCCAGAAGCACUUGACUCAAAGUGCAGAUUGUUGGUAAUUGCAUGUGUCCUCUUCUCAUCUCUGCUGCCACAGUGAGAGGAAAUGGUAAUUUUUCCAAUUUGGCCUCAGUGUCGUCACCCCUGCAUGCUACCAAAACAAGUCCUUUAAUGGUAAAACUGAGAGGCAAGUGCGGUGAAGUGGAGGCGAAACGUCUCCUGAUGACAUCAGUGUACGUUUAAUUUGAUUGACUAUUGAAUUGAAACAAUAGACUGUAUAUAAGAAGUGGAUGUAGUCAUCGUGACUUCACCCAUUGGUUUGUGGACUGCCGGUUUAAAGACUCCAGUUUGGCGAUUUCGCAGUCGCCAUCUUGAACUACAGCCGUCGCAAUGUGUUUUUUUUCACAACCAAUGAACGGAGGUGACCAUAUUUGGAAUGCAGAAGAGUGACGUAAAGACGCGGUAUACGGCUUUGGUAGCGGCAGCGACCUGUCAAUCGCAGUAAGCCCGCCCUAAAGCAUACUCCACU